CGCGUUUUGCGCGUUUACUGACACACGGGCUUUCCCUGUUUACCUUUUUUUUUGUCUGUCGUGAAUUUGGUCCUAGUAUUUAAGCAACUCUAAUCCAGCGCUCCAGUAUACUCUCCAGUUCAGUCAUGCAUUCGCUCGUGGCUGCCACCAGCGACAUAGUUCGCGUGUGGGAUUUGGCCAUUGCCUCUAACAAUCAACAGAGUAGCUCCAAUUAUGCUACCCUCCGACGCGGGGCCACCUCUACCGGCUACAGCGUCUCACACAACAAAUCCUACACCGCAGGAAGCAUGCGGGACAGUGUAAAUGAGAUCAAGGUGGUUUCGUGGUCGACGGACGGCAGCACGUUUGUGGUGGGCGGGAAAGGUCCGUAUAUGCGGCAGUUCAGUGCCUCUGGCGAGCCAAUAAUGGACAUUCCCGGCAACGAAGAUGACAUUUCGGAUAUCGUGGCAAUUCAGCACUAUGGCAGCAACUCCGAGUCGAUGUUUAUUGCAGACAACACGAGCCGCCAGGUGCGGCGGUGGGAUUUUGCAAGCACAAGCUUUGCGCAGACCUGCCAGACACACGACAACGAUAUCGCGUGUAUGUCCGUAAGCGCCAAGAGGCGUCUGGUGGCAAGCGCGACACGGAAGGGCGGUGAGAUUGCGCUCUACAACUUGGUGUACAACACCCGCACAGAGCUUCGGUCGGCAACGCACCGCGCAAUGUUGAGCAUGGACUUUUCGGCUAGUGCGCGCACGCCAGCUGAUGGUGGGUAGCGAAGACGGGUUGCUGCAGCUGUUUGACGCGACGCGGUACGGUCGAGGCACCAGCCAAGACAUUUGCACACGUGCAUAGCGCGCCCGUGUGCGCAUUGAAG